AUGAAGCCCAACCUGUACGACACGUUGGAUUUUGCAACGGAUUUAGCUGCGUGGAUCACAUUAGACGGUUUCGAGGAUUAUAGAGGUUUGUCGAGAGUACCGCCUACCUCUCGUCCUAAUCUUCGUCGACAUGGGGAAGCGUUUGACAGCAUCGAGACCAAUGCCAUACUGUCAGCACUCGUCGACCAAAGGGUGGACCUAACUAUGUGA